UGCUCUCUCUCACUCACACACUCACUCUCUUACACACUUUCUCAUCUCCAAUUGCUUCAAAACCAAUGGCACCCAUUUCCUAAGACAGAGUCACCAUGUCAAUAUACGACGCAGCGUUCGUCAACACAGAGCUAUCCAAACGCACUUCCAUCUUCGGCCUCCGCCUCUGGGUCCUCAUCGGGAUCCUCGUCGGAUCCCUCAUCGUCAUCACCCUCUUCCUCCUCUCCCUCUGCCUCACCUCCCGCCGCCGCAACCACCCCCUCCGCCGCCGCGCCGCCACCCCUCUCGUCUCCAAGGAAAUCCUCGAGAUCGUCCACGUCCCCGCGCCGCCGGAGAUCCGCGCCGUCGAGCCCCCCAAGGCGCCGCCGCCUCCCCCCGCCGCGGCUCUGUACUCCAGCGGAGAGAGCCGGGGCGCCGCCAGCGCCUGCGAAACGGCGUCGUCGAUUGGGAGCGGGAGCGUGGGCCCCGAAGUGUCGCAUCUCGGGUGGGGGAGGUGGUACACUCUCAGGGAACUCGAAGACGCCACGAAUGGGUUGUGCGAAGAGAACGUCAUUGGAGAAGGUGGAUAUGGUAUCGUGUAUCGUGGCUUGUUACCUGAUGGUACCAAGGUUGCUGUUAAGAACCUUUUGAAUAAUAAGGGCCAAGCUGAGAGAGAAUUUAAAGUAGAGGUAGAAGCGAUUGGUCGAGUGCGGCACAAGAAUCUUGUUAGGUUGCUUGGAUAUUGUGUUGAGGGGGCAUACAGGAUGCUUGUGUAUGAAUAUGUUGAAAAUGGGAAUCUAGAACAGUGGCUGCAUGGGGAUGUUGGACCUGUAAGCCCUAUGACAUGGGAUAUCCGAAUGAACGUUAUAUUGGGCACGGCAAAAGGAUUGGCUUAUCUUCAUGAGGGUCUUGAACCAAAAGUUGUCCACCGAGACGUGAAAUCGAGCAACAUACUGCUUGAUCGUCAGUGGAACUCAAAGGUUUCUGAUUUUGGGCUUGCUAAGCUUUUGUAUGCUGAGCAUAGUUAUGUCACCACUCGAGUAAUGGGGACAUUUGGUUAUGUUGCACCAGAGUAUGCAUGCACUGGAAUGCUAACAGAGAAGAGUGAUGUGUAUAGUUUUGGGAUACUUAUCAUGGAAAUAAUUACUGGAAGAAGCCCUGUUGACUAUAGUAGACCACAAGGAGAGGUUAAUUUAAUAGAUUGGUUGAAAACUAUGGUUGGGAAUCGAAAAUCCGAGGAAGUAGUUGAUCCUAAGCUUUCUGAAAAGCCAUCCUCAAAAGCUCUUAAACGGGCUCUGUUGGUUGCUCUUCGAUGUGUUGACCCUGAUGCCAAAAAAAGGCCUAAAAUAGGACAUGUGAUCCACAUGCUAGAGGCUGAGGACCUCUUAUUCCGUGAUGAUCGAAGGAUUGGGGGAGAAUCUUCCCGUUCUCAUCGUGAUUAUCAACUAGAGCAUAGGGACUCAAGAGUAGAUAGACGGCAGAUAGGUGGAGAGAUCACUGAUCAAAGUCAAAGUGAAGAUGAUAGUAGUAGAUAUCACCAUCAACCCACCAGAUGGAGAUAAUUGUAAUAUGAUAACUAAAGCAAUGUGUCAUAUUAUUUUUCUUCCUAGUAGUUUGCCAAUAUUUAUUUUUACUUGAAUGAUGAAAGAAGCGAUUAGUCUCCCCCCUUGGUUUGCAUAAUGCCCCAGUUGUUACCUACCUCAACCUGGGGUUCUUUUGUAUACUCUGAUUCAUUACUAUAAAAUUCAAAAUUGUUUGUGCUUCUGUUCA